UGUUCGUCAUCAUCACCGGACUGUUGUUCGCCUGUUUUUGUUUGUUUUUUUUUCUUUGUUGCUCCAUCACUCAAACCUCGUUCAACUGACAAACAGCAGCAGAGCAACUACUCUACUCACCUGAAAACGCAUGCUGCAGUCCGUCGUCGUGCGCCUUCAACCGUCCGCCUCGUCCGCCUUGUCUGCUUCCGUCUGCCGUCGAAUGGCUUCUUCCACCGCGCUGCCCAUCAUUACCUCGUACAUUAACGGCGCACGCGUGCCUGUCGACGCUGCUCGUGCGGCGCUGUGCUUUGACAAGCGCAACCCAGCCACGGGCCAGGUGUUUGCCCAGGUGCAGUCCGCCGACGAGCGCGAGCUCAACCACGCAGUCGCCGUCGCCCAGGCCGCCCAGCGCGAGUGGGCCGCCCUGAAUGGCGCCGAGCGAUCCCGCAUCCUGCGCAAGGCCGCCCAGCUCAUCCGCGAUCGCACGCAAGCGCUCGCGGAAGUCGAAGUGCGCGAUGUCGGCAAGCCAAUUGCCGAGGCGCUCAGCUACGACAUCAACUCUGGCGCAGACGUCUUCGAGUACUAUGCCAGUGUUGCUGCCACCAUGCAUGGCAAGUUCUUUAGCAACUUUAGCACGUCCGUGGCCAGUCGACCAGCACGAUCGUUUGCCUACACGAUUCGAGAGCCUUUGGGUGUUUGCGCUGGAAUUGGCGCGUGGAACUACCCCUUCCAGAUCGCCUCGUGGAAGACCGCCCCCGCCCUGGCGUGUGGCAACUCGAUGGUGUUCAAGCCAAGUGAGCUCACGCCGUCGUCGGCCGUGGAGCUCGCCGCCAUCUUGACCGAGGCUGGUGUUCCCGCGGGCGUCUUUAACGUUGUCCAGGGCGCCGGCAACAUUGGCCGCGGCAUAACCGCACAUCCCGACAUUGCCAAAGUGACGUUCACUGGCGAGAGCGGCACUGGCAAGCAUGUGAUGCGGUCGUCCAGCGACUCGCUCAAGAAGGUGACGCUCGAGCUCGGCGGCAAGUCGCCGCUGAUUGUCUUUGACGACUGCAAACUCGACGACGCCGUCUCUGGCGCUCUCAUGGCCAACUUUUACACGCAGGGCGAAGUGUGCACCAACGGCACGCGCGUCUUUGUCCAGCGCAGCAUUCACGACAAGUUUAUUGCCCGGCUGCGUGAGCGCAUGAGUGCAACAGCCCAACCAGGCAUUGUUAUUGGCAAUCCCAUGGACGAGAAGACCAAUGUUGGAGCACUCAUCAGCGAGCCACACAUGCAAAAGGUGCUUGGCUACAUUGCCAAGGGCAAGGCAGAAGGCGCCAAGCUGAUUGCAGGAGGCAACCGCUUCCAGCCCACGGACGCCGCUUUCAAGGACGGCUACUUUGUCGAGCCCACCGUUUUCGAUGAGUGCUCCGACUCGAUGGCCAUUGUGCGGGAGGAAAUCUUUGGCCCCGUCAUGUCCAUCCUUCCUUUCGACACGGACGAGGAGGUCAUUCGGCGCGCCAACGCCACAUCCUUUGGGCUGGCCGCAGGAGUGUUCACCAGCUCGCUGCAACGCGCCCACACCUCUGUUGCGUCCUUGCAAGCUGGCAUCGUUUGGGUGAACAAUUACAACUUGGCGCCUGUCGAAGUUCCCUUUGGCGGCUUCAAGGAAAGCGGCAUUGGCAAGGAGAAUGGCACCGAAUCGAUCGAGAACUUUACCCAGCUCAAGAUGGUCUACAUGGAAAUGGAUGGCAUUGCUUCUGUUUUUUGACGAAAAGAGAAAGAAAGAAGGAAAGAAAGAAAAAAGGGGGCAAGCAAGCAAUUCGAUUUUUGUGCGUGUGUGUGAAAUUACCCAUUGAUAGAUCAACAAAUAACAAUGACGAUAAUAAGGGCAACGACAACGACAACAACAACAACA